AAGAACCAUAGAGGAGAAGGCGGAGCUGAGAAAGCUCCAGUUAUAAAAGGCUUGUUCCUUCUGCAAGAAGGGAGACAAACAGGACCUCGGAGUGCCAGCAAACCUCUCCUGCCUGAGAAACCUCUGCUGGAGCCCAGAUGUCCUUCGAGGGCGCCAGGCUCAGCAUGAGAAACAGAAGGAAUGGCACACUGGACAGCACCCGCACCCUCUACUCCAGCGUGUCUCGGAGCACGGAUGUGUCCUACAGCGAAAGCGACUUGGUGAAUUUUAUUCAAGCAAAUUUUAAGAAACGGGAAUGUGUCUUCUUUACCAAAGAUUCUAAGGCCACGGAAAACGUGUGCAAGUGUGGCUACGCCCAGAGCCAGCACGUAGAGGGCACUCAGAUCAACCAAAACGAGAAAUGGAAUUACAAGAAACACACCAAGGAGUUUCCGACCGAUGCCUUUGGGGAUAUUCAAUUUGAGACAAUGGGGAAGAAAGGGAAGUACAUCCGACUCUCCUGUGACACGGACGCCAAAACCCUCUAUGAGCUGCUGACCCAGCACUGGCACCUGAAAACGCCCAACCUGGUCAUUUCUGUUACCGGAGGUGCCAAAAACUUUGCCCUGAAGCCGCGCAUGCGCAAGAUCUUCAGCCGCCUGAUCUACAUCGCACAGUCGAAAGGUGCGUGGAUUCUCACCGGAGGCACCCAUUACGGCCUGAUGAAGUACAUUGGGGAGGUGGUGAGAGACAACACCAUCAGCAGGAACUCCGAGGAGAACAUCGCGGCCAUUGGCAUAGCGGCUUGGGGCAUGGUCUCCAACAGGCACACCCUCCUCAGGCCCUGUGACGUGGAGGAGUAUUUUUCCGCACAGUACAUCAUGGACGACUUCAAGAGAGACCCUCUGUACAUCCUGGACAACAAUCACACCCACCUGCUGCUGGUGGACAACGGCUGCCAUGGACAUCCCGCAGCAGAGGCGAAGCUCCGGAAUCAGCUAGAGAAGUACAUCUCCGAGCGAACGAUUCAAGAUUCCAAUUAUGGUGGCAAGAUCCCCAUUGUGUGUUUUGCCCAAGGAGGAGGAAGAGAGACUUUGAAAGCCAUCAAUACCUCCAUCAAGAGUAAAAUCCCCUGUGUGGUGGUGGAAGGUUCGGGGCAGAUUGCUGAUGUAAUCGCAAGCCUGCUGGAGGCAGAGAACUCCCUCACGUCUUCCAUCGUCAAGGAGAAGUUGGUGCGCUUCUUACCCCGCACGGUGUCCCGGCUGCCCGAGGAGGAAAUUGAGAGUUGGAUCAAAUGGCUCAAAGAAAUUCUGGAAAGUUCUCAUCUGUUAACAGUUAUUAAAAUGGAAGAAGCUGGGGACGAAAUUGUGAGCAACGCUAUUUCCUAUGCUUUGUACAAAGCCUUUAGCACCAAUGAACAAGAUAAGGAUAACUGGAGUGGACAGCUGAAGCUCCUGCUGGAGUGGAACCAGCUGGACCUCGCCAGUGAUGACAUUUUCACCAAUGACCGCCGGUGGGAGUCUGCUGACCUCCAAGAAGUCAUGUUUAUGGCUCUCAUCAAGGACAGACCCAAGUUCGUCCGCCUCUUUCUGGAGAACGGCUUGAACCUGCGGAAGUUUCUCACCAACGACGUCCUCACGGAGCUUUUCUCCAACCACUUCAGCGCCCUUGUCUAUCGGAACCUGCAGAUUGCCAAAAAUUCCUACAACGACACCCUCCUCACCUUCGUCUGGAAACUGGUGGCCAACUUCCGAAGAGGCUUCCGGAAGGAAGACAGAAAUAGCCGGGACGAGACAGACAUAGAAUUUCACGACGUGUCUCCCAUUACACGGCAUCCCCUGCAAGCUCUCUUCAUCUGGGCCGUUCUGCAGAACAAGAAAGAACUCUCCAAAGUCAUCUGGGAGCAGACCAGGGGCUGCACUCUGGCAGCCCUGGGAGCCAGUAAACUUCUGAAGACGCUGGCCAAGGUGAAGAACGACAUCAACGCAGCUGGGGAGUCCGAGGAGCUGGCCAAUGAGUACGAGACCCGUGCAGUGGAGCUGUUCACGGAGUGUUACAGCAACGACGAAGACUUGGCAGAGCAACUGCUGGUCUAUUCCUGCGAAGCCUGGGGUGGAAGCAACUGCUUGGAGCUGGCAGUGGAGGCGACGGACCAGCAUUUCAUCGCCCAGCCCGGGGUUCAGAAUUUUCUUUCCAAGCAAUGGUAUGGGGACAUUUCCCGAGACACCAAGAACUGGAAGAUUAUCCUGUGUCUGUUUAUCAUACCGUUGGUUGGCUGUGGCUUUGUGUCAUUUAGGAAGAAACCGAUUGAUAAGCCCCGGAAGCUGCUGUGGCACUACGUGGCCUUCUUCACGUCCCCCUUCGUGGUCUUCUCCUGGAACGCGGUCUUCUACAUCGCCUUCCUCCUGCUCUUCGCCUACGUGCUGCUCAUGGAUUUUCACUCUGUGCCACACCUGCCCGAGCUGGUGCUCUACGCGCUGGUCUUUGUCCUGUUCUGCGAUGAAGUGCGACAGUGGUACAUGAACGGGGUGAAUUACUUCACUGACCUGUGGAACGUUAUGGACACGCUCGGCCUUUUUUACUUCAUCGCAGGAAUCGUCUUUCGGCUCCACCCGUCUAAUAAAACCUCUCUGUAUUCCGGACGAGUCAUUUUUUGCCUGGAUUACAUUAUAUUCACUCUAAGGUUGAUCCACAUUUUUACUGUAAGCAGAAAUUUAGGACCCAAGAUUAUCAUGUUGCAGAGGAUGCUGAUCGAUGUGUUCUUCUUCCUGUUCCUCUUUGCUGUGUGGAUGGUGGCCUUUGGCGUGGCCAGGCAAGGGAUCCUGAGGCAAAACGAGCAUCGCUGGAGGUGGAUAUUCCGCUCGGUCAUCUAUGAGCCCUACCUGGCCAUGUUUGGCCAGGUGCCCAGUGAUGUGGAUGGUACCACGUACGACUUCGCCCAUUGCACCUUCACCGGGAACGAGUCCAAGCCGCUGUGUGUGGAGCUGGAUGAGCACAACCUGCCCCGCUUCCCCGAGUGGGUCACCAUCCCCCUGGUGUGCAUCUACAUGCUGUCCACCAACAUCCUGCUGGUCAACCUGCUGGUCGCCAUGUUUGGCUACACGGUGGGCACCGUCCAGGAGAACAACGACCAGGUUUGGAAGUUCCAGAGGUACUUCCUGGUGCAGGAGUACUGCAACCGCCUCAACAUCCCGUUCCCCUUCGUCGUCUUCGCGUACUUCUACAUGGCGGUGAAGAAGUGCUUCAAGUGCUGUUGCAAGGAGAAGCGCCCGGAAUCUUCUGCCUGCUGUUUCAAAAAUGAAGACAACGAGACUCUGGCGUGGGAGUGUGUCAUGAAAGAAAAUUACCUUGUCAAGAUCAACACGAAAGCCAACGACACCUCAGAGGAAAUGAGACAUCGGUUUAGACAGCUGGACACAAAGCUUAAUGAUCUCAAGGGUCUUCUGAAAGAGAUUGCUAAUAAAAUCAAAUAAAACUCAUGGACUCUAAUGGAGAAAAAUCUAAUUAUAACAAGGUAAUAUCAGACACCUCGAUGGAAAGACCCAAGGAACGCCGAACAACUUUGUUACUGAAGGAGGACUGUUCUGACCCGGGCGCACAGCGGAUACCCUGAAUCACCCUGGUGUGCUCACAUCUGAGAAUACACUGUGUGGCUGCCUUCACCCGAGGAGAUGGAGACGAGGAAGAACCUUUCCUACACGUGCUCCCCGGAAGGCUGCCUUGUUCCCCUCGGCUCACAGAGACUAGUACUUGCUGUGGACAGUUUCAGAGCGUGUUCUCACAUUGUCCUCUUCCCUCUGCUUUCCCCACUUUGACCUGUGCCUAUUCUAGGACAGCAUCUCUCCUCGGAAUGAGAGCCUGGUAGUGCUUUCCCUCCUGCAUCUGUAUUGUUAUCUCAUUUCUCUCCAAUCAAUUCCCCAUUAUUUCCUUUUUUGUAUCAUGUGACUAAUUAGUCAGCAUAUUGUUGAAAGUCUCCCAGAUCAGGUCAAAUUUUCAAACAUUCUGGUGCAAGAGGAUCUCGCUCUUUUCAGGAGAAUCCAUUUCCAUUUCUCGUUAUGCUUUUUAUGUAUCAAAGGAGGUGACAAAGCCAUGUCGUUCCCUCUCAUACCCCCCCAGGAACGGCAAUUAAAAGAAGUACUCCCAUUCCUAACAAUGAAAAUCACCCCAAAAUGGAAACUUAACAGGCACCACUGCUUUGGUUUUCAUUGGUGCUUCUUUCUCCUCUUAUUUAUUAUGUUUCCAUUAAAAACAAUUCAUGGAUAUUAUAGAAAAUGUAGACUACAUGAUGAAGUAGAAAGAAUAUAAUUUGUCCCACUAUCUAAAAAUAAUCACUGCUAACAUUUCAGGAUGUUUUCCAAGUCUAUUUUUUUCUAUGCAUGUCUUAUUUCUCUUUCAAGAUUUUCCAUAAUGUCAUCAUGCCACACAAACAAUUUUCUAUAAGCUUUUCACUUAAUAUUUUAUCAAAGAUGUUUUCUUUAUAUCCAUGGUCUUCUUAAACAUUAUAUUAAUAAUCGUAUAAUAGUCAACCUCUAAUGAGUCCCACGAUAUUGGACAUUGUAGGCUGAUUCCCGUUUCUUGGUGGGAUGAGGUUCUUUGUGUAUGAAUCCUGCACAAAGAACUUCAUCCCAUUGACCAACUGGGAUCAGCCUGCAAGGUGGGGAAAUUUCCCUUAGCCAGAUUCCCACGAAUAUGUAUCGAUGAUCAAACCACUGACAAACCUUUUGCAUAAAUGUAGAGCAAAUAGGAAUUAUUAACCUAUGAUCUGAGAUUCAUACACCUAGAACUCUUAACAUAAACGUAUUUAAUCCAUAGUUUAAGAAGAAGGCAGCAUACUUAUUUCAAUAUUGCAGAUGGUGAUGGCAUUGGUAUCAAAUUGGAGGGAUUAUCUUACUGAACACUCCUAGUGUCAGCUUUCGCUAGAAGUGGUGGUAUUCUCACCCCAAAGAAGUGGUGGGAAGUACAUAAAGCAAUUGACAUGUCCAUCAUUGGUUUUGGGUUUUUUUUUUUAGCUUUGAAUAGACUAUAAGCUCAGUGGCUGAAGAAGAAAAUCUUAGAAGGAAGCUAUCAAAAGAGCAUCUAAUUAGGAAAACUACAAACGCAUGAACCAAACGAAGAAAAAUUUGUUUCCGUUUUGUCUGGGCUGCAGGUAAAAUGAUGACUCACAAUACUGCUGCUGUUUGCAGGGAGUGAACACCAGUAACAGGUGUCUUUUCACUUAAACCCCAUUAAUGGUCGAAAAGGGACUCUUAUUCUCUAGGGUCAAGGGAUUCAGGGUUUGGAUGCUGAAGGUGGAUGGGAUAAAAUUUACAUGGCAAAAAUUGUUGAUGAAUGAAAUGGCAUUUUCAAAAUUUCUCUUGGUGAGAGAUGUCACUUUCAUUUCACCAUGGCAACUAGAAUGUCUGCCUUUUCUGAAGCCACCAAGAAGAGGCUAUGCCAUUCCCAUACUAACUGGGAAAAUAAAGUAUAUGGCACCAUCCGUCAGAUUGUGCAGAAACAACGCUCUCAACAUCUUACCCUCAAUGCAAGUAGGAAAUGUGAAUAAAAUCAGUAAAUGAAAUUGAAAACCUCCCAGAAGACAAAAUUUAGCAUAACGACUGGCUGAUUCCCGUAAAUGCUUUUGUGCUUACAUUUGAAUCUCACACUGGCUACAUUUUUGUUACUUUAAGUAAUAGGCUUAUGUAGUAGCAAAGGAAAGUCUCUGUUGACGCUCAAAACAGAACUUGAACAAUACUCAGAAUUCACUUGGAUUAGCGAACUGCUCAGUGCUUUCAGCUCAGCUUGUCUGGUGGAUAAUUUUUGCAUGGUUACGCUGUGUGAUUUUUGCAUAUGCAAAGUCAUUAUUUUAGGUGCAGCUCGUGAAAAUAGCACAGGUAUCUAACGUACCUCUCAUCAAAGGUGCUGUGUCUUUGCGUAUGGAACCAAAAGCGUCCUGUGUACCUGUCUACCACUACUGAUGAUCCUGCAACGUGGUUUAAAUGAGUGUGUUAACGAAUUAAAUA